AUGGAUCAAACAAACAGUGUUGGUUCUUCACUCAGAAGGCGUUCGUUGAGUAUGUCAAGUCAUAUAAGCAUUCAGGUAGAUAAUGAUGCUGAGAGUGUUUCUGAGGCUGGAGACAUUGGUGAUAGAGCUCUUCCAAGCAGAAGGUACAGUGAAAGAAGCAGUUUCAGGUUGUCAUUUGACCACAGGUCAGAGAAUGGAGCAGCUGGUUGCAUCCAAGAGGAGGGCAAUUUACAAUUAUAUCCUCCCUUCUUGCAUCAUAACAUCUCUGUUGGGCCUUUACCACCUGAACUCACGUCUCUUUCAACCAAUGCAAUAGUGAAUUCAGGAGACACAAAGCAAGAGCGUGCUGAAGGUUUACCUGUGUUACUUGACUAUGCUUCAUGUCUUCUUCACCUAUCAGUUUUUGGAAUUCUUGGGGUCUUAACAAGAUAUAUACUGCAAAAGUUAUUUGGCCCUGGGCUUGCUGGUGUUACAAGUGACGAAACUAUUCUUUACCUGGACCUUCCAUCUAAUAUGGUUGGUUCUUUUUUUAUGGGAUGGUUUGGUGUUGUGUUCAAAGCAGACAUAUCUCGUAUAUCGGAGCAUCUAGCGAUAGCAAUAACAACUGGUUACUUAGGGAGUCUUACAACUUUUAGUGGUUGGAAUCAGAAAAUGGUUGACCUCAGUGUUUCUGGACACUGGCUCUUCGCUGCACUUGGAUUUCUAAUAGGCUUGUUUCUUGUUGCCUUUUCCAUCAUAUUUGGGAUUGAGACAGCCGAGGGUUUCAGAUGGCUUCUCAACUGGAUAAAUAUGAAUGCAGGAAGUGGUAGCAUUAAGAUCAAAUGGAAGGUGGACAACUGUAGCCGUCAAUUGGGAGUCAUGGUGGUGCUUUCGGUGUUGUUAGGCUUAUUAUGGGGUGUUAGUGGAGCUUUAGUAAAAGCUGAGUUCAAGCAUGGCGGUAGUGAUGCUCAGUUAUGGUUUGCCUGCAUGGUUGGACCUCUCGGUGUGUGGGUUAGAUGGUUCUUAGCACGGCUCAAUGGACGUGGAUUAGGAAGGACUGGAUUGUUGAAGUGGAUUCCAUUUGGAACUCUAGCAGCCAAUGUGUCUGCUGCUAGUGUUAUGGCAGCACUUGCUAGUGUGAACAAAGCAGUCAACACCAGAGAUUGUGAUACUGUUGUAGCAGGUCUACAAUUUGGUCUAAUGGGUUGUUUGAGUACUGUUUCCACUUUUGCAGCAGAGUUCAAUGCAAUGAGAGAAAGCAAAAAUCCUUGGAGAGCUUAUGCCUAUGCUGUGAUUACAAUAUGUGUCUCAUUCUCUGCUGGAAUCCUAAUAUACUGUGUGCCUGUUUGGACAAAGGGAUUUGACAGGUAA